AUGACUAAAAUUAUAUUAAUAUUUUUUCAUAUAUUGGUUAACUUUUCUUUUUGUUUUAAAAAUUUAUUAUAUAACCAAUCACUGAAUAUAGUAGCAAAAAGAUGUCCUAACAGAUGCAGGUCUUCACAAAAAUUAUACGAAUCAAAGAAUAUAGAUUUAGCAAAUGAUAUUAAGGAAAACGAUUUUAUUCCAAAUGUUAAAGUUAUGAUUGACGUAAAAAAUAUAAAUAAUAUACCAGAAACUAAUGGAGAAAAUAAUUUUAAGGUUAUUGAUACACAUGAAUUAUUUAAAAAUAAAAAAAUUUUAUUGAUUAGUUUACCAGGAGCAUUUACACCUACAUGUACAUCUAAAAUGAUACCACAAUAUGAAUAUGAAUAUGAGUUUUUCAUUAAAGAAAAAAAAUUUGAUGAUAUUUACUGUAUUACUAAUAAUGAUAUAUUUGUAUUAAAAAGUUGGUUUAAAAAUAUGAAUAUUAAAAACAUAAAAUACAUAAGUGAUGGAAAUAGUUCAUUUACAGAAAGUAUGAAUAUGCUCGUUGAUAAAUCGAAUUUUUUUAUGGGUAUGAGACCAUGGAGAUUUGUUGCUAUAAUUGAACAUAAUAUUUUAGUAAAAAUGUUUCAAGAAAAAGAUAAACAACAUAAUAUACAAUCAGAUCCAUAUGAAAUAUCAUCUGUUGAUAAUGUCAAACAGUUUUUAAUGAAUAAUGAGCAUUGA